GCGGAGAAAUUCCCUGUGAGAGUUUCAGUUUUCAAGGGAUUUUCGCCCCAAACUUUCAUCUUCCUUCGUAUGUGUGGCCCAGCCAGCAGUAUUCAACUCGCACAAAUCCCUAGCUCUCGUUUCGUGCAUUCGACGUAGGAUUUUCUUGUGGUGUAAAGAAGAACAUACCUUGGACUUUAAUUUUGGCGAACAUACCUUGGACUUCGGGUCCUUUUUGGACAUACUCAGAUAUAUAGUGUGUGUCUUUGUGACUGGUGUAGGAUGAGUGAAGGAGUAUAUUUAUAGAUGUGUGCAAUUUUAGCUAUUUAAAGCAAGGUAUACCUUAAAAGCAAUACCUUAUACGUUAUUGUUAGCCCAAGAAGCGAUAGAAAUAAGAAUAUUUUCAGUUUGCCUUCAGUGAAUUCUCGCCAGCGCCACAAUUCAUGGAUAACUAAAAACAAAAGAACGCAAGGAGGUUGCAGACAGAAUUAUUCUACUCUAAGGUUCUUGGAAGAACGACAGCUUCAGCUCUACGCUACAAUGUAACCCAAGAAGAGGAACAAGACACUGGUUGCUGAGGAUGUUUCAAAGAGAUCCCCUACGAACAUGACGACUACCCCCGGCUCAGUGUAAAGGAACUGCUUCAUUUUCUGAAGAAAAAAAGAAGCCACAGGGACAAGUGAAAAACAAGAAAUACACGCAUCAGCCGCUGCUUCAGCCAAACACUACUACUGAGCUCAAACUUGAGAAGUUGAGUAGCAUUCUCCUGCUGUUUCAACAAAGAAAUAGAAGAAGGUUUGUCGUUUUCAUCCGCUUCCGAGCGUCGCCGAUAGGACGACACAUUUUUGGACACCAUCGUCGACAGGACACACUUAAGGACACCUUAAGGACACAUCCGUCGACAGGACACGCACGUUUUUGGUAGAGGGUCACCAGUUACCCCAGCAGCAUCAUCAUCAUGAGUUUAAGCGUUGGCGGCUACCCCCAAAGCUACCCCCACCACCCCCACCCCCACCAGCCUCAUCACUACCACCACCCUCAUCAUCACACCCUCCAGACUGGUGGCAGCGGGGGAGGGGCGGGGGCAAACCAGGGGGGAGGAGCUAUGACCACGCCCCACGACUUCUACCCCGCCUAUCCGCAUCCACAGAUGUCUCGCUACCCGGAGCACCCAGACUCUGCUACUGCAGCCGCGGCUGCUGCUGUAGCUGCCUCAGGAGGCUACUUCCCCAACUGGAUGCUGAGUCCCCCUCCAGAACUGACCGCCGUGUCCGGCCACAUCCCAGACGGCUACCACAGUUUCGGCGCCCCGGGCUCCAACUCCCCGGGCGGGACGCACUACCAGUCUUUCAUCCAGUACGAGAACGGCGUGCCCGUAAGGUGCAUCAAGCGCAGGGUCACCGCCAACAAAAAAGAACGCCGAAGGACUCUCAGUAUCAAUAACGCCUUCGCGCAGCUUCGCGGCUGCAUUCCCAACGUGCCGUCGGACACUAAACUCUCCAAGAUCAAAACGUUACGCCUCGCCACCAGCUACAUUUCCUAUCUCAUGGACAUACUCGCGAAAGACGACCCCGAACUCUCCCGAACUGGAUUUAAGGCGGAGCUCACGAAGAAAGUCUCGUCGUCGUCGCAUUCUUCAGUGGCCGCUGCCAACUCUGGUGGCGGUGGUGGCGUAGUGAAUACAUUGGUGGCUGGGGUCAGCGGGAGUAACGUUAACGGAAAACCGGAAGCCACCAUGGCCGCCGCCAUUGUUCAGGCUAGGACAAUUCUAGACAGGAGCGACGACAAGCGGAAGAGAGAAUCG